AUCAGAGUGGGCGGGCGACAAAGAAGCCCAGAGAACCACGCGGGCAGGCCCGAGAACCAGAGUGCUAAGGCUGGAGGCUGAGAACCAGAGUGACGCGCGGGACAGGAGGCUGCGGGCUCGAAGCGGGCGGGGACGAGAAGCAGCGCCGGGCACGGGGACGGUGCGACGCGGGCGGGCGAGGCCUUUGUUUCCUCCGCGCUCGGCCCCAUGCGCUCGCGUCCCCCCGGCGCCCGGGCUGCGCGCAGCCCUUGACCCAGCUUGCCAUGGCGGAGCCCGCCUCGGGCGCCGGGGGCACGGCCCUGGAUGGGGAGAGGGGCAAGAGACCCCCACCAGAGGGCGAGCCUGCAGCCCCCGCGUCCGGAGUGUUGGACAAGCUCUUCGGGAAGCGGCUGCUGCAGGCGGGGCGCUACCUCGUGUCCCACAAAGCAUGGAUGAAGACGGUGCCCACGGAGAACUGCGACGUGCUCAUGACCUUCCCAGACACGACCGACGACCACACGCUGCUCUGGCUGCUGAACCACAUCCGGGUGGGCAUCCCUGAGCUCAUCGUGCAAGUCCGCCACCACCGACGCACACGCGCCUAUGCCUUCUUUGUCACCGCCACUUACGAGAGCCUGCUCAGAGGCGCCGACGAGCUGGGGCUGCGCAAGGCCGUGAAAGCCGAGUUCGGCGGGGGCACUCGAGGCUUCUCCUGUGAAGAGGACUUCAUCUAUGAGAAUGUAGAGAGCGAGCUGCGUUUCUUCACCUCCCAGGAGCGCCAGAGCAUCAUCCGCUUCUGGCUGCAGAACCUGCGUGCCAAGCAGGGAGAGGCCUUGCACAACGUGCGCUUCCUGGAGGACCAGCCAAUCAUCCCCGAGUUGGCAGCCCGUGGGAUCAUCCAGCAGGUGUUUCCCGUGCAUGAGCAGCGCAUUCUGAACCGCCUGAUGAAAUCCUGGGUACAGGCAGUGUGUGAAAACCAGCCAUUAGAUGACAUCUGCGACUACUUCGGUGUGAAGAUUGCCAUGUAUUUUGCCUGGCUGGGCUUCUACACAUCAGCAAUGGUAUAUCCGGCUGUCUUCGGCUCCGUGCUGUACACGUUCACAGAGGCCGACCAGACAAGCCGAGAUGUGUCCUGUGUGGUAUUUGCACUCUUCAAUGUGAUCUGGUCAACACUGUUCUUGGAGGAGUGGAAACGGAGGGGUGCUGAGCUGGCCUACAAGUGGGGGACUCUGGACUCGCCUGGGGAAGUCAUGGAGGAGCCACGCCCGCAAUUCAGGGGUGUGCGUCGCAUCAGCCCUGUGACCCGUGCAGAGGAGUUCUACUACCCACCCUGGAAGCGGCUGCUCUUCCAGCUGCUCGUGAGCCUGCCCCUGUGCCUGGCCUGCCUCGCCUGUGUCUUCCUGCUCAUGCUCGGAUGCUUCCAGCUGCAGGAGCUGGUGCUGAGUGUGAAGGGGCUGCCACGCCUCGCCCGCUUCCUGCCCAAGGUCAUGCUGGCCCUGCUGGUCAGCGUUAGUGCUGAGGGCUACAAGAAGCUGGCCAUCUGGCUCAAUGACAUGGAGAAUUACCGGUUGGAGAGUGCCUACGAGAAGCAUCUCAUCAUCAAGGUUGUCCUGUUCCAGUUUGUCAAUUCCUACCUGAGUCUUUUCUACAUUGGCUUCUACCUCAAGGACAUGGAGCGUCUCAAGGAGCUCCUGCUCGUCCUGUCCCUGUCCCAGAGCCUCGAGCGGCAGCUUCGGGCAGUACUGGUCCCGCUCGUGGCCCUGCGGUUCCGCCUGCUCCUCCUCUCCCUCCGGGGCCUUCUGCUCUCAGCCCGGGCCAAAAUGCUGGCCACCCUGCUGAUCACCCGGCAGUUCCUGCAAAAUGUGCGUGAGGUCCUGCAGCCCCACCUCUACGGCCACCUUCGCCGUGGCGAGCUUGGCCUCCAGGCCCUGGCGGGCCUGGCUCGGGCCCUGCUCGGUGGCCUCAGCCUCAGGCGCCCUGCAUCCCGCCUCCUCGAAACCCAGGCCGAUGAGGGUGGGAGCGGGGCAGGCAGCCGAAGGUGUCUCGGCGGGGGCUGUGGGGCUCCUGAGGAGGAGGACGAGACGACCACCGUGGAGAGCAGGCCUGCAGGGGAAGGGGGAGAAGUUAGGGACGGGCCUGGGGGUGUGGAGGAGGAUGAGGACGAGGACGAGGAGGAUGAAGAAGAUGAGGAAGACGAAGGUGAGGAUGGUGACCUCUUGGACUGCGGGCUCAGGCUGAAGAAGGUCAGCUUUGCCGAGCGUGGGGCUGGGCGGCACCGGCCUGGCCCAAGCCCAGAGGCACUGCUGGAAGAGGGCAGCCCCACCAUGGUGGAGAAGGGGAUGGAGCCAGGUGUGUUCACCCUGGCUGAGGAGGAGGAGGAGGCAGAGGGACCACCUGGCAGUCCCGAACACGAGCCUCCAGCUGUCCUGCUCCGCCGGGCUGGAUGCGAGGGCCGGGAUCAGGGCCCUGAGGGAGGCCGAGACCCAGAGCCUGGCUCUGGGGAGCAGGCGGCCAAGCAGAAGCGGCAGAACCGCUCCUCUUGGAUCGACCCGCCUGAGGAGGAGCACUCGCCCCAGCUCACCCAGGCGGAGCUGGAGAGCUGCAUGAAGAAGUAUGAGGACACCUUCCAGGACUACCAGGAGAUGUUUGUGCAGUUCGGCUACGUUGUGCUUUUUUCCUCCGCGUUCCCACUGGCUGCGCUCUGUGCCCUGGUCAACAACCUCAUCGAGAUCCGCAGCGAUGCCUUUAAGCUGUGCACUGGGCUGCAGCGGCCCUUCGGCCAGCGUGUGGAAAGUAUCGGCCAGUGGCAGGUGAUGGAGGCCAUGGGCGUUCUGGCCAUCGUGGUGAACUGCUACCUCAUUGGGCAGUGUGGGCAGCUGCAGCGUCUCUUCCCCUGGCUGAGCCCAGAGGCGGCCAUCGUGUCCGUGGUGGUGCUCGAGCACUUUGCUCUGCUCCUCAAGUACCUCAUCCACAUGGCCAUCCCUGACAUCCCAGGCUGGGUAGCCGAGGAGAUGGCCAAACUUGAGUACCAGCGUCGUGAGGCCUUCAAGAGACACGAGCGCCAGGCCCAGCACCGCUACCAGCAGCAGCAGCGCAGGCGGCGGGAGGAGGAGGAGCGGCAGCGCCACGCCGAGCACCACGCCCGUCGGGAACGCGAUGCGGGCCGGGAUGAGGCUAGGCCUGAGGGCACCGGGCUGGACGCCACGAGCUCGGAGAAGGCCUCUGCCAAGGCCAAGGGCGGAGGGGCGGGCAGCCACGGGCAGGAGCGGCCCAAGCGUCCCGGCUCGCUGCUGGCGCCCAACAACGUCAUGAAGCUGAAGCAGAUCAUCCCGCUGCAGGGCAAGUUCCUGUCUUCGGGGGCCACCGCUGGGGCGGGCGCAGCAGGCCCCGCACCCCGGCCGGCCCCAGCCCCGUCUCCCACGGGCGGGGACACCCGUCUGCCCGCCUUCCUCAGCUUCAAGUUCCUCAAGUCGCCUGAGACCCGGCGGGACCCGGAGCGCAGCCAGUCGCCCCCCAAGGCUUUCCACGCCGCUAAGCUAUUCCCUUUCGGCGGGGCGCGGGCCGAGGCCAACGGGGCGGGCGCGGGCAGCCAGGCCCGGCAGGACGCGGCCCCCAGUGGCGGCGGCGGUCGGGCCAGAAGCGGGCCGGUGGACGAGGCCUCGGCUGAGGAGCGGGAAGCGCCCCGGCCCGAAGAGGAAGGCCCAGGGACAGCGCCAGGCCCCGCAGGCGCCCCUGCCCUCUGCACCCGCCACAGCCGGAGCCCUACACCUCGGUCCCAGCCCCUGACGCCGCCCGCGGGCUGCUGGCAGUGGGACCCACCCUGGGGCUGUGGGGGUGAGGCUGCCGCCCCCCGCCCGAGCCCACCGGCUGCCACCGUUGCUGAGUGCCCGCCCUGCGCCCUGGCCCUGCCCGCGCCCCAGCCACAGCCCCUAUCCGGGGACGCCAGCUUCUACAGUCUCCCGCUGCCACCGCCAGAACUGGAGCCAGAACAACCCGAGACCCCCACAGCAGGCCCCGGCUCCAGCCCCAGCCCCAGCCCCAGCCCCCAUGCAGUGUGCUGGCCCGGCGGCUGGCACUAGCUGCCCCACCUCCAACAUAUGCAAUAGCAGUCAGCAGUGCGGCCGCUGGACCUGGCCACGUUGCCCAGCACGGCUGCCCCCACCAGGGCAGCCCCCCCUGCCGUUUUCCCUUCAACCAGGAUGGGGGACGAAAGGUGCCCCCACAUCCAUAGAUGACACCCACACCCAGAAUAGGCAAUUAUUUAUUUGUUUUUAAUUUAUUUUGUCAUAUUUUUGUAAAACGGCAGCAAUGCAAUAAAAAGUCUAUUUCAACAGUG